AUGGAAUUUCACGCAACUAAUGAAGGGCGAUACAUUAUCACACCAUAUCGUGAUAUUCUCACAAUCAUAGAACGACAAGUGUUUGACUUCUUAGGCUACAUGUGGGCACCAAUUCUUGCCAACUUCCUUCACAUGAUCUUCAUCAUUUUUGGAUUCUUCGGGGCAUAUCAGUUUAGAGCUAAAUAUUUGAUAUCGCAAAGUGAUAUAUUAAAUUUCGGCACUGGGAGCUUUUCAUGGUUUCUGUCAAAUGGUCCUGGCUGCAAACCAAUUUACUCCACUAAUGGGACAUUGGAAGAUCCUUUCAAGCCAAUAAGACCAGAUCGAGUCGAUGGAUGCUUCCUUGAAUAUCCUUACAUUGAAAUUAUUCAUUCAUCUGUACAAAACUUUUUAUCGUUAUUAGGUUUAAUUGGUGCAAUUUGCAUCGGCUGUAUCCUCUGGGAUGAUGAUGAUAGCUUCGAGUUUAUGGGAAGCGACAUAAAAAGUCCACAACAUACAUCCGUACAUCCAAUGUACGUGAGUUAUUCAAGUAUACCAGCAAAUGGAAGUGCUUCAUCGACGCAAAUUAAUUCUAAAAAAGAUCCUAAUCAAUUUGGUGUUGUUUUAACAUCAAUUAACAAUUCAAAUACUAACUCGCUCUCGUCGACCUACAUUAAGACUCAUAACUAUCCAUCGAACAUCAGCAGUCCCGUCAAAACUCAUCAUCCCAAUCAAAUGCAAUCGCCAACACAUUACAAACUAAUUGAUCAUCGUCAAUUAAGUAGUAGUAGUAGCUUAAGCCAAUAUAACAGUAGACAUAAUUUGAUAAAUAAAAGUGCCAGCACACAACAAAUCAUAAAGCAAAAUCCGAGCUUUGCCAAUCCAAACCGUUCCGAUAUUCGUUACACCGAAAUAAAUUCAACAACUGACGACAUUUUAUCACAACAUGAUGACGAACGAGACCGAGAUGUGGAUACAAAUAGCGUUCGAAGCUAUGGUAGACCAUCAUCUCAAGCAUCGACAGCCGCAGCCUCGCCCAUUAUUUCGAAUAAAUUAAUGGCCACGAAUCUACAACAACAACAGCUUAUAAGUAAGAAUUUUGGCAUUCAUAAUCCAUUGAAUAGUUUAAUACAUAACAAUGAUGACAUUAAUGGGAUUCAAGUGAAAAGUAAACAACAACCAAUCGAUUUGGACUUCAAUAAUCAUCAUCAACAUCAACAUCAACAACAAUAUCAGCAGAUGAAGAAUCAACAACAAAAACUAUUCAAUGCUAAUAAUCACUCGCCACCUUCUCGACCCGAUUUUCAUGUUAACAACAAAUAUUUGCCAACUCAAGUAUCAUCAUCUUCAAGUCCGAGUCCAACGAAAAAAAGUUACAUUCAUUCACCAGUGGAGAAACUUCCAAGUUAUCCACAGCAGCAGCAACAACAACAUGUGACACGCUCACCAAACUUAAAUCAAAUGCCACGACGAAGACCGCCGUCACAUCAACAGCAACAGCAGCAAAUUUACCAACCGACACAAUAUCCAAUUCAUCAUCCACUGGAAUUAAGUCAUACCAAUAAUAAUCGAAUGCUGCCGACAAAUGGAAAUUUCUGUGAUCAGUUGCGUGGCGACCAACGGCCUCUACCUCCACGAUACAAUUUAAAUCAAUUUAUUCCUGAAUACAAUUGUCCAAAUCCUUUACCCGCGAUUCCACCUCAUAUGAUGCAACAUCCAAUGUAUCGUGUUCGUUCACAAGAUCGAAUUAGUAAUCGACUUAAGCGUCAAUCUGGCGCCCAUGUUCAUAGUGGUUCUGCACCACACGAUAGUCAACGUCCACGUUCAUUUUGCAAUAAUAUGAUCAAUUACCAAGAUUACAAGGAUUUACACUGAACCCAAUAACUCGAUUGAAAGCAGAAUAACAUAUUUUUGUUUACGUGACAAGACUCGUCUCCAUAUCCAUCGCAUUGGCAAUUAACAUCGUCAAAUUGAAUUUUCCACAUGAUUGAUCGCUAUUGAAUAACAAAUUCGUUUUAUUUUCAUGCUUCUCUCGUUUUCUCUUACUAAAAACAACUUAUAAGUUAUAAGCUGAGAGAUUUACUCUAAUAAGUAGAGAUUCGAACCAAUAAUUGUCUGCCAAUCUGUCUUCUAUCACUGCUGAGAUUGUGUUGUUUAUAAAAUUUAUAACUGCUGCCAUUUGAUCAGCAGCCAAAUAACAUUUUCAUAUGCAAUGUCGGAUGCAUAAAAAAACUUGGGUGAGAUUAAAAAUGACGGGAAAAUACCUCGAAAAAUUUCCCAUCUCGCACUUUUCGUAAUUUUCAACUUCACCCUGAACAACAAAAUUGAAAAAUCUUCAAUGAAUAAAUUUUUAUAAUUCUUUUCCCAGACAUUUUCUCUUCUUCUUGAUGAUAUCGACACUGCAGCUUUCCUUUUUAUAAAUGAGAAUUCUUAGACUUCCGAUGAACUAUGCAUGUCGUCGACAAAUCAUCGCACACAAUAAGAAUUGAUUACAGAUAACAAUUUGUAAAGAAAUAAAAGAAGAAGGAAAAAUUCUUCUUGACUUUUGCAUCCUGUCUGAUAAUGAAAAUAAAUCCUCGGAAAUUGAAAAAGCGAUUUGCCCUUCUUAAGUUUCUAACUAACUAAAGCUUAUUUACUUUCCUCAUGCUAUCGACUCUGACUUUCAACAAAGCGGAUCAUCUUAAAUGGAUUACAAUUUGACGAGGCAACAAAAAGCGAAUGCAUUCCAUAAGGAAAAAGAGUUGGAAACAAAAUUCUGUUUAAGUCAAUCAGAUUACGAUCCAUUUCCAACCACUCAGUUUUUCAUUUCCCAUUCGUAGGCGAAAUUAUCCUUUUCCUUUCUUUAGUUACAUGUUAUCUUUACGAGAAUGUUUUUCGACUGCUAUUACCACUGCAAAUAUUUACUCGUCGCAAUUAUUUUCAGCUUAAAAAGACUCGUUCAUGCGUUUUCCUUUAUUUCAUGUUUAUUUCCGCCUACACCCUUAAAAUUAUUUGAUUAAGCACAAGACGUUGUCAGAGAAGUGAAGUAGGAUCCCUAAAUUAAAAUAAAUGGUUUCAAAACAUAAUUACGUAAAUAAGCAGAAGCUGAACAGCAACGAAUAAAUGUGCAUAAUUCUUCACUCUCCAUUCAUAGCACAAUGUCAUGUGCACAAUAUAAAAAGCGUGAAGCUCCCACAACCACCACCCAGUAGUGGUAGUACUAUAAAUAGAUAAAGAAUCAAAGCAAAAAACAAGUUCGUGCAAAAAAACAUUUUUGCGGUCACAGAAAAAAAAAUAUGAAAACAAAACUUUUUUUUUUAUUUUUAGUCUCGUAGAGAAAAAAAUAUUAAAUGUUAGUUGAAACUCGUAGGAGCGAAGAAUUUAAAGUGUUUUUAUAAAUAAAGCAAAAAAAUAUUCAUUGUCGCGAGGGAAAAGUUUUUUUUUCCUCUUGUAUUAAAUAUUUUCAUGAACGUUGAACGGAAAAUAAACUUCAACCUCCUACUCGACAACAUCAGUUGAUGCAAAUGUUACCGAUUCUUGUUGACUUUUGUUUUUUUCUCUUACAAUUGUAUUAAAUUAGUUUCACAAUGUCGGUGGAACUUUAUUAUAACAAAAGGAAAUGUAAUUAAUGUAAUGAUUGCUGUUAAGUGAACACUUGUUUAGAUUUUAAUCGGAAAAAUUUCCCUUUCUUGCAUUAGUGGAACAUGAAAAAGAAUUGACCCGCCCAUAAAAACUAAUUAGCCUUCGACGACCUUGACUUCCAAUCUUCUUCAUUAAUUUCCCAUUUUUCUUUGUAGCUUUACAACAAAAGCCAUUCACAGUACAAAAGUUAAUCUCGCUGUUUGAUCCAACCAUCUGUGUGUAAGGUUUUUGUGGGAGUUUUUCCCGAAAAGCAUCGAAAAUGUUAAUUUUAUUCCAACAUAUUGAGCACAAUUUCCUCUUGAUAUUUGUUUUUCAAAACGUUCGAUUCUGCUCAAAUUGUGGGGACUUUUUUUUAAUUAAUUUAACGAAAUUCCUGUUAAAAAAGUUUCGAUUAUGUAAAUAUUCCGUGGGAUCGACAAAAUCCCUUUUAAUUAGAAAGCGUUUCCUAUCUUAAAGUCUUUCGACAAUAUUUACGAAGAAAAUAAAAAUAUUUGACGGAAAAUGUCCCAGUCAAUAGCCGUCAUACCAAAUGCCUUAAUCUAACUGUUCAAUAAGGAAAAUUAAAGAAAAUUCAUUUUCUCUCAUGCCACUGGAAUUUAAAAAGAAAACUUGAUUUAAUUAAAGAAUUUUAUCGACGUCGUGGCAUCAUGCACAAGCAAACAGAUUUAAUAAAGCGAAAAUGGAACAUUUUCCUUCGAUUUCCUCCUAAAAGGCACAUUGAUUCAUUUAGUGAACGUGAUGUUAAAUAUAUUUAGAUGAAGUAAAAGAAAAAUCCUUAAUUAAGAUAGAAAAAAAUAAUUUAGAUACUUUUUGUGAUGAAAACCAAAUGAUUCAAUCAAAACAUUAUGUAAAAG